AUGUUCGGCUUCAUCGCCGAUGGCUUGACUGUCGUCACUACAGUCUUCUUUCCCAUCUUCGCGUCAUACAAAGCCCUCCACACAUCCGACCCAGCCCUCCUCGCACCGUGGCUGAUCUACUUUGUCGUUCUAUCUGCCUGCACAGCCGUCGAGAACACAUUCGACUUCAUCCUGAGCUGGGUACCAUUCUACUCAUGGAUCCGCUUCUUCGCACAUCUAUACCUAAUCCUACCAGGUGCUCAGGGUGCAAGUUACAUCUACCAAGAGCACUUGGAGCCGUUCCUAUACCACCACGAAAAGGAGAUUGAUGACUUCAUAACCCAGAGCCAUGACCGUGCAAAAUCGGCAGGUAUGGCCUAUAUCGAGAUGGGCAUCGAGUGGGUCAGGGUCAAUCUGCUAGGCUUCGCACCUCGCAAGCCAGAAGCGCCCCCGCCAGCGGGACAGACAUAUGCACAGAGCCUCAUGAGCAGAUUUCAGAUGCCAGCGGCAAGGGGCAGUAAUGACCUAUAUGGUCUCGUGAACCAGGCACUCAGCGGAGCGAGCGCACUGUAUACCGCUGGCACUCCCGAAACAAGGGAUGCCCAGGCCUCCGACCUGAGCCGCGGUGCAGCAAAGCUCGUGCCAGACUCGAUCCGCAACAACGAAGACCGACUCAACUACGUAGCAUCGCAACGCCAGCGCCUCGAAAGCCUCCUACAGGCGUUUGACCGCGAGCAAGAAAAUAUUCGCACCCAACAGAAGGGCGGAAAUACACACUAUGAAUCCAGCAGGAGCAGCGGUAGUCUGUCCCGCAACAGGAGCGAAGCAGAGUUUGACAGAAUCGAGCGUGACGAGCUGAGCUCUGGAUCAGACCGCCCACCAUACCCCAUCACACCACCUGCCCUGGGCCGGAGGACAAGCAGUGGAUGGAUGCCAUGGAACUGGCAGCGUCAGGAAGCAUCUCAGGACGACCCUCUGGCAUACGGACGAGACCCCGGCGAGCUGAGAAAUAGAUCAAGGGGAUCUGGGUUUGAUUUGGGAGAUCGCUAG